UCAGCUCACAGGUAAUUGUUCUCAGUGUUUGAACUUCACUUUUGUUCGCAAAGUGACAGAGCGAUGUCUGGCUGCUGCGGCUGCUCACUGUGGGAACACGCCGAAAAGGCGUAUCAGUUUAUGAGCGAGAUUUUAUCAGUGAGUCAUUCUCACAAGGAUCCGGCUGACAGAACCAGGAAGCCUAGUAAAAUGGAUAUUAGUCUGCUGGAGGAGCAGUAUUUGUGUACGAAGCAGAAACAGAAAGAACAAGCGCACAUUAUUGUGUUUAAAGCAGGUGAAAAUGAAUUAAUGUCAGGAGAACAGUUCAUGAACACAGUUGCUGUCAAUAAGACCAUUAGGAAACCAAACCCCUUUAAGGAACAGAUCCCUGUUAGAGAUGUCACUCUGGAAGUGCAGAAUAAAAAUUACCUGAAUGAACGUAAUGGCUCAUGGCACGCACACCUAAACAUCCAUCGCAUGGCACAGCUGGACUGCCACUUUAAUUUGGAAAAUGGGACCUCAGAACCUGAGCACAACAUUAACAUUGAAAAUAAAAGGCUCAGAUUUUGCAGGCUCAUGAGUUAUGAAGAGCCGUCCACCGAGGCAGACAUCCUCAUAAAAGAAAAGAAACAAAGAAGCUAUUCUCUAGAAAGUACACCUGUUAAUGACUUCAACAGGAAAGCCUCAUUAAAACACACACUGCCCACAACAUGGGCACAACAUCACCUUCCUUCCUCAAAGUUAACAUCUACCACAGAUAAAGUCUUCUACUAUCCUUUCCCUCAGAAGAAAACUCCUCGCAUAUCGGAAACUGCUAGAAAACUUGGUUUAUAUGUAACACAUUAAAACAAAUAUUUGAACUGUGACACUAGACAAAGUGACCUCAGUGUCCACUUUAUUUGUUUUCUCCAGAGCAUAUUUUAUUUCCAAUUUUAAUACAUGUUGGUCAGGAUUUGACUCUUGUAUUUAAAUGCCCAGUAGAAGAUGACAUUGACGAACAGAUAAAACAUCAAUGGAACAUAGAAAAAAUGAACUGGAGAAUACUUACAUUUCAUGACCUUGUCAUUAGUCGUGGAUUAGAGGGACACUUUUAAGACAAGAUGUGUUAUAAGAUUAAUUUUUCUCAUUACGUUCUAAUAUAGUCAUUAAUGCAUGACAUUUUAGAAAUGUCCCUAAUACAAUUUUCUGGAGAGGUAUAAAAGUGUUAUAGAAAAGUGGUUCUGAGUUCUAAAAGUUGAGCAACCAACAUGAAAGUCUGUGGAAUGUUUAUUUUGUUUUCCAUUCCAUUGCUCCAUGUUUAGAACAUUGCUGCAAAUUUCUAUUUUCAAAAUUUUCUAUCAGCCUACUGUCUCAUUGGUUUUCCAUAAUUCUCUUUUAACCAUACAAAUUACAUUUUGUUUAUCACUCCCAAUUCCAUUUCCCCCUCAUCCAUCACCCUAUUUCUAUUUUGUUUCUUCUUUCACCUAAUCUCCAACUCUUUCUUUCCUGUUUACCAUUUUCCUCUUCAUUUUACUCUUUUGUAUUUUUUUUUAACUCAAACAUCAUCUCCUAUCCUACUCACUUUAUUUACCAUCAGCCUUAUCCUCUAUUCAGAUCCACCUUACCUCCUACUGCUACCAGUUCUUUGCUACUGACCCUGUUGCAUCUCAUCAACCAGUUUAUUCUGUGUUCCUCUUUCUUUCUAUCAACUUCAUAUUAAAACUUCUUCUUUUACCACCUUGCUCCUUAAACUCAAGUUGGAUCCGAGUAUAAUUACAUAAGUUAAAUUGAUAUAUAUUUUCUCACACAGACAAUGACUCUGAAUUUAGAUUGAAAGCCCUAGAAUGGUAGUAAACAUAUUUUAUUUAUAGAUUAGAAGCAUGUAUUUAAAUAUUCUAUAAAUGCUUUUUCAGAACAUCUAUGACCAGUCAUGGUUAGCCUAUACGGGUGAUGUGUCUGUCAGUUAGAGGCAGGAGAUAAUUGUUCUUGGAGAACUAGGGACAAGUUACAAAAGCCCUAUCGUAUCAUCUUCAACGUAGAGUGCUUUACCAUUGAUUAAGUAGGAGGCAGUAGACAUAAAGGCAG